AUGCCACGACAGCGAGUCAGCAACGGCACCGUCGGCAAGAGCCUGCAUUACUCUGUGUUUCUGCUGCUCAGCCGGGUUUGUGAGGAGGAAGCUCGCACGCGCCAGGGCGGAACAUGCCUUCCUCUCAGUCUCAUUGUAGUAUUCGAUAGCGAGACGCGCAUCGAUACAUCUCUAGUCUCUCUCCCACGGAAGCACGACGUCGCAUCAACAUACAAAGCUCAACAACACACCACCUCCUCCCGAAAAGGCGCCUCCCGACCGGUAUCCCCGUUGCCGACCGCCUUGCUCCUUGUCCUCGCCCUCGCCCUCGCCCUCGCCCGCAGCUCGAGCAUCUCUUCUCCAGUCUCCAAUCCCGCAUGGCUGCGCUCAUACACGCCGCCGCCGCUCCAUCCACUGCUUGCGAUCCAUCUGCCGGCCUCUUCUGAGAGCGCGCCCGUCGGACAGAACCUCCCUCCCGAAGCACCGUCUCCCGAUCCCUCCCUCUCUUCAGACGGGUCUCCGCAUCGACAUUGCCUUCGGUCGCCGGUCCAGCUUGCCAUAUCCGGGCACAUCCUUUAUCACGUUGGCGAGAUACUACGAAACAUACAAUAG